AUGCCUGCAAAAGAAGACACAUGGGCCUUCCAACCGAUCGGAGCUCCAUUCCCCGACAAGCCGGUCAAGGUGAUGAACGAGCAGAACAUGUACGUCGCUUUGUGGUACAAGCACGGAAAACCAAUCCAUGGACGCGUGUGGAACAAUGGAGGAGUCGUUGAGUGCUCUUUCCCAUACAAGGAGUACGAACUCACCGGGGCCAAGGAUCUCGGCGGACAAAUCCAGGUUCUCCAAUACAAGGGCGACCACAACAACCUCGGCUACUGGUACAACUGGAUCAAGUACGCGGAUCGUCUCGAGAAGGAUUUGGCCGACCGUGAGAUUGUGCGCUGUGGAGACUCGUUCCCAAUCUUCUGGCCAAACAGCCCCGAAGGACCCGUGCUUGGAUAUGUCGACAACAAAACCGAGAUUGCUUGGUUCUCAAUCAACAAGAAGGUGAUUCAUCGUCAAGGCGGUGAUCUCUUGCCGAUGUUUGUCAUCGCUCGCGAGCUCAAGGGAGGACCACCCAAUUGUGAAUGCGCCAACUGCUCCAAGGGACCACCACGUCCAGUCAUUCGUGUCAUGCUCAACGAGUGGGCUGAUUUCCGUAUGGGUGACCCGUGGCCAAACAAGAAACUUGUCAAGGCACUGGGCAAGUCGUUGGACUCGUUGCCCGGUGAGAGCCCGGAUCAAUACGUCGCACUAUGGUAUCAACAUGGAGAGCCGGUGAUGGGACGCAUUUGGAACGAUCAAGGAAAGAUUGCAGCCAACUUUGCCUGGGGAGGACACGAGUACAAGAAGAAUGUUGGAUCGCUUCAAGUUCUCUACGAGCUCUCGGAUGCUGUGCGUGGAUUCGACUAUGGUUGGAUUCCAUUCCCCGAAGCGGCCUCAUUCGACAAGAAGGACUGGUUCCCCGUGCACGUCGAUCACUACAAAGGAGACAUCUCGCCGGGUGUGAUCACUGUGAAUGGAAAGCAAAUCCUCGGAAAGGUCGACAUCAAGAAUGAGCGAUGCUCGUACGGAGCCGGUGGCAAAGAAGUUGUGAUCCAAGGACCUGCCGUUCACUCGACGAUCGUCCUCUGCCGCAAGCCCAAGCCAGGAUGCAAGUUCGAC